AUGGUUUAUGCGAUAUCGUGGGCAGAUUUUAUGCAGGCCUCAAGGGACAUCAUUUCCAAGUCUCCGGAUAGGACAAGAUACGUUAUAAAAUUGCAUAGGCCAACGGAGAGGAUUAUUUUGAAAGUUACCGAUAAUAACAAUAGUAUAAUGUAUAGAUUAAGUAAGAAUGAUAACUUAAAGAAGGUAGAGGAAUUAAAUUCUCUUUUUUUGUUAUGGGGAUCCAACGAAAAUGUCAAUGAAUCCUUCCCGCUUAAAAUUAGCAGAAGUGUAGAUAAAACGCCCAAUGACCCUAAGGUGAAAAAAGGAACUUAG